CUGGAUGGGAACUGGAUGCUACUGUCUUAUCGCCUAAAGGCUCCUGUUACUGUGAAGAUCACGUACAAUACAUGUCAGUGCUUAUGCCAGUAAAGGAGAAACAUUAUAAGAAUAUAUCUGACAAAUUCAGUUGUGCUGAACAAGACAAUGCCUGAGAAGACCGAAAACCAAACUUUAGAUCUUCCUGAUGCACACAGAGAUGAAGAUAACGCUGAUACAGUGAAAGUUGAGAUAACAGAAGAUCUGUGUGUGAGGCGUCAGCUGGGAGCCCCGGAUGAGGAAACCAGUGACAGUAUCAGCUCAGAAGAAGAUAACGCUGAUAUAUUGAAAUUUGUGAUAACAGAAGAUCUGUGUGUGAGGCAACAUCUGGGUACAAAAGAUGAGGAAAGCAAUGACAACAUCAGACCAGAUGAAGAUAAAGCUGAUAAAAUGAAAGUUGAGAUAACAGAAGAUCUGUAUACGUGUGAUCAGGUGAAGACUGAGGAGGACGAAGUUCCCAUAAAUACGGCUACAGGUAAUUUCACGAACUGCAGUUAUCCUAGUCAUGAUCAGAAGGCAGAUACUUCUUUCAAUCUUUAUCAAGCACGAAGAAACAACAAGGAAAUUAUAUGUUCUGAAUGUGGGAAAUGUUUUACCAGGAAAUCACAUCUUGUUCGACAUCAGAAAAUUCAUACAGGAGAGAAAGCAUUUUCAUGUUCUGACUGUGGGAAAUGUUUUACUCUCAAAUCAUAUCUUAUUACUCAUCAGAAAAUUCAUACAGGAGAAACAGCAUUUAUAUGUUCUGAAUGUGGGAAAUGUUUUUCCAGGAAAUCAACUCUUGUUACUCACCAGAAAAUUCAUGCAGGAGAAAAGGCAUUUUCAUGUUCUAAAUGUGGGAAAAGUUUCACCCAGAAAUCAAGUCUCAUUAAGCACCAGAAUAUUCAUAAAGAUGAAAAAGCAGCAUUUGCAUGUCCUGAAUGUGGGAAAUCUUUUACUCUGAAAUCAUAUGUUAUUGCUCAUCAGAAAAUUCAUACAGGAGAGAAAGCAUUUUCGUGUACUGACUGCGGAAAAUGUUUUUUCCUUAAAUCUGAUCUCAUUAGACAUCAUAAAAUUCAUACAGGAGAGAAAGAAUUUUCUUGUAUAGAAUGUGGGAAAUGUUUUACUCUGAAAUCACAUCUUAUUACUCAUCAGAAAAUUCAUACAGGAGAGAAGCCAUUUUCUUGUAUUGACUGUGGUAAAUGUUUUAUUCAGAAAAUACAACUUAUUAAACAUCAAAAAAUUCAUAAAAGAUUUUAAUGAGCUGAUUGUGGGAACUGUAAGGAAAACAUAUCUUAAGAAUUCCCACCUCUGCACUUCAUACCAUAGUACUAUAGUGCUGUUGAAGGUUGAUCAAUUUUGUUUACUGAUCAUUUUAAAGAAACAAUAUUGUCAUUUUAAAACACAGAACUCAUUAAAUGCUUACUAUGUGAAUAAUAUUUUUAAUUAAAAAACAUUAUGUUUUGAACUCUUUAUAA